UCGUUUCAUACUUCACUUCAUCACUCCAUUGAUUCUGAACGAAAGCUUCGAAAGCGCGAACUGCCAAAUAGAUUAAAUUUGUAUACAGUGUUCUUCUCAGUUUAAACACGCUUCAUUAACUUAAACCCAAGAACCGCCAUAAAUUAAAAUAUGAGCGUAAAACCAGAUAUGAAACUUAUCAUCUCUAACAUCACGAAUGGAAAGCGGUACAGUCACUGCAGGUUAUGUCUAAAGAACAUUGAAGAAGAUUACGUUCGGUUUGGAGACGGAGUAGCCCUGGAUUUAGAGGAAAAACACCAGCAUUUGCAGCCUCUAUCGGAAUUACUUGCUAAAUUCCUUGGAGCCGAGGUAAAUGAUGAAAUACCAGGCUUAGAUGCUGUAUGCACAGAAUGUGUAGUUGAUGCAAUGAGAGGCUUGCGGCUCAUACAAACUUAUCACAAAUCCUCCCGACUACUAGAAGAUGCCUUGGAUAACUUAUUACAUGCGCUUAAUGUCGAUCUACAAGUUUACGAUGAUCAGUCACUUUACAUUAUUGUAGAUGAGAACCAUUCCGAGUUAAUAGUUAUGAAUAAUAGUUCAGAAACUAAAUAUAAUGAAGUAGAAACAAAAAUUAUAUGUGAGGAAUGUUCGGAUGAGUUCACAACCACUGAAGAGUACCAUAAACACUGCAAGGAAAAUCAUGAUCAAGUUCUCUGUGAAAAAUGCUGGCACGCGUUUGAAACGAGCGAAGAAUUAACCAACCAUUUAUGUAAAAAACUAAAAUGCCCGGAUUGCAACCAGUACAGGAACACAGCCGAAGCCCUCACGGAACACCAUACUAAAAUACACAAAAUCCACAUAUGCAAAGAGUGUGGAAAAUCAUGCCAAGGCUCCGUCAAACUAAAAACGCAUGAAGGAAAGCAUUUCAAUAAAAGCCGAUGCCCGAAAUGUGGUAAAAGUUACGCUACAAGAGAUUUCUAUUUGAAACAUGUAGAUUUGUGUGAAAAAGGUCUUUUAGAUCCGCACCCAUUUCGCACCAAACUUCACAAACCAUAUUCAUGUGAAGAAUGUGGUAAAAGUUACAGUACUUCAGGAGGACUCCGAGUACACUAUAAGUUUGAGCAUGGUGGUGCAAAACCUCACGUGUGUCCGGAAUGUAAUAAGAAAUUCACCGCCCCAAGUUACCUAAAAGUUCACAUGGUAACACAUACAAAGGAAAAGAACUUUUUAUGUAAUAUAUGUCCAAACCGCUUUGUAUCAAAAGAGGCGUUAUUAUAUCACACUAGAAGGCAUACUGGGGAAAGACCAUACAAAUGUGAACAUUGUUUUGAAACGUUUGUAAAUGCAUCGGCCAGAGCGGAGCAUAUAAAGUAUAAGCAUGUGGGGCCUACGCUAAUGUGUGAGAUUUGUUCACGUAAAUUCGUUACCCCACAUUUCUUAAGGACGCACAUUAAGAGACAUCAUGAAAAGGACAGUGAUUGGAGUAUAGAAAACAGAUCAUAGAGGGAUUAUUUUA